CCACACAGCAAACAAGUUUUCCCUAAUAUCUAACCUAAAUUUGCUCUCACGCUCCAUGUACCCUGGCUGCAGUGUGCUGCUCUCGUGUUAGGCCUCUGCAGGAAAAGGAGACUGGUUUUUUUAAGUUUCUGCUUUCGUGGUGCUGCCAGAAACACAGGUACUGCCCGUGAUAAUGUAGUGCAUCUGUCUGAUAGCUGUUCUGAUGGAGAAGAAAGCAACCAAGGCCGUGUGAGGCAUGGCAUGCAUAGGUAAUAGGGAUGAUUUUCUUAGCAUCAUUGUUUCAGUUGGCACUGCAGCCUGUCUUAAUAAAGUUUAGGCCAGUCUCACACCUUACAGCCACUAAAAGGAGUGCUUAUCAUAAUGUAGCAGUAAUAUUUUUCUCUUGUAUUAGGGCUUGUUGGCGCAGGUCAUCUACAGGUAAAAUGAAGUCAGUGUUUUCAAACUGCUGUAGUUAAACGUGUGAAAUUCAUUUAGCAAAGGUCCUCAGCAGGAGUGUCAAUUCCAGUAUAAUUGUAAAAGUACAAACCACCUGUAAUUUUUCAAAAGUAUUGAUUGGAUUAUUCAAAACAGAGGGGCUUGGGGGUUUUUUAGCUUAAUUUCAGACAUCACAACUGAUUUUUUUUUUUUAAAUACCUGAGGCAGAGCAUACACAAUAAUUUCUGUUAGGAAUGUCAUUGUGUAAUAAUGGGGGGGGGAAGAAUAACUCGUCAUGACAAAGGGGUUUGCUGGAUUGGAAGACGUUUCAUUUCUGUGCCUUCUUUCUGAGCUUUCUGCUUGUCUCAUGGAUAUUCCACAUGAGGAAAAAAUGACCUUCAUAUAAGGCUGUCUGUAAGCCUUCCUCCUAUGAAUUUGUUCAGAAGUGAAGGUCUGGCAUCCCUUUAAAGCAACUUUCCCUUCUAUUACUAAUACUCAUAAUGAUACCUGAUCAUAAUUUUAAAGAGGAUUAAAAGGAUUCUUAGGUAGAUAUGUGUUCAAUCUUAUUUGAGAUCCCUCUGAUUAAUUUGAAAGUCCUUGUUAGUCAGGACUGACCCAAGUGUGUUUGUAAGGCAACUGGCAGAGCUGACAAAACUAACAUAUUGGUUUUAAUAAUCCAGGAUUAGGAGAUCUUAUUUUGUAUCCAAGUGUCAUUUCAGCUUCUUCUUUCAUCAGUUCUUUUCCCAGACAGGACUUAAAAGCAUUGGUGAAUGAUAAAUAAUGCAACAGUACCAGGAACUUGUUAAGUUCCACUAUUAAUUUGCUAUCUUUUUUCCUAAAAUGAAAACAUUAGUGUUAGGGAUAUCAUUCGUGAAGUUACUGGAAAAAAGUAAUAAACUUGCUGAGUGGCUAAACUUGUUAAACAGUUAAGCUUGACAAUCAUUUCCAGUCACGUGAACAACAAGAAAAGCAUCAGGAGUAGUCAGCAUGGAUUCAUCAUGACAUCUUGACCAACCUGAUAAACUUGUGUGAUGAAAUGGUCUGGCAAAGCCAGGGGGAGAGCAGUCAUUAUUGUUUGCCUAGGCCUCAGUAAGGGUUUUGACUUCAGUAAUACCUUCCUAGAGGAGCAGUUGAUGCAUGGGGUGGAUGUGCAGGCAGUGCAGUGAAUGGCUUGUCCCAGAGCGUGGUGAUAGCACAGAGUCUAGUGAAGGGCCCGUAAUUAGAGGUGUGUCCUAGGGGUCAGUACUGGGCCUGAGCUUUUUCAGCGUCUUGGUUAGUGACCUGUGCAGUGGGGCAGAGUGUCUCACCAGCAAGGUGACACCUUGGAACUGAAUAAACAGUAACCAAGUAACACCGAGUAACUGAGGAACCAGAGGGUUGUGCUGCCGGGUGGAUGAACUGCAGAAAUGUGCUGAGAAAAACCUCAUGAAGUUGAAGAAGGGGAAGUGCAAAGUCCUGCACCUGGGGAGGAACAAUCACAGACCCUGGUACAUGGUGGGAAACACCCAGCUGGAGACGAGUUUUCAGAAAAGGCCCUGGUAGUUUCCUAGACACUGAAUCGGAUGUAAGCCAGCACUGUGUCCUUGAAGAGAGGAAAGCUGAGUGCCCUGGGCUGCAUUAGGGUGAGUGUUGCCAGCAGACUGAGGAAGGUGAUCCUACCCCUCCAUUCAGCACAAGUGAGGCUGCUGCUGGAGUACCGUGCCCAGCUCUGGGCUCCUCAGUGCAGGGGGAAGUUGGUGCUGCUGGAAAGAGUCCAGUGAAGGCUACAAAGAUGAAAACGUGAAGGCAGUGUAAAAAGAAGACCAGAACCAGGCUCAAUCCAGUGGUGCCCAGUGACAGGUCUAGAGGCAGUGGGCACAAACUGAAACAUGGGAUGUUCCUUGUGAACAUCAGGAAGGCUUUUUUACUGUGAAGGUGAUGGGGCACUGGCAGAGGUUACCCAGAGAGCUGCUGCAGUCUCCAUCCUUAGACAUCUUCCAAAGCCAUCUGGACACAAUCCUGGGCAAUGGACCCUAGGUGACCCUGCUUGAUCAGAGAUGUUAAACCAGAUGACCUCCAUAGAUCCACCCUCAGCCACACUGUAUGGUACUGUGUGAAACAGGGCUCUUCAGCAUUUUCUUCAGAAUACUGUUGCACACAAAGGCUGUGUCAGUCACACUGCAAAGAAGGGAACAAACUGUUCUGUAACUAGUGUGGAGGGAACAAAAAUACUUGAACUUUAGCAAGGCAGCUUUGUGCUGGACCUUAGGAAACAUUUCCUACUGGUACCUAAUUUAAUUGUCUAGAACAUUUUAGAAAAAAUACAUCCUGCAGGAAUAUUUUAGGUACAAAUAUUUUAGGUACAAACUGAUCUUGUCUGUGAUCAGUUGUUUCUUUGGGGCCUGCUUUCUGUGUUUGUGUCAGUUAUGCUUUCCCAUUGUAACGUUUGCUGAUAUUGACUGUAGAACAAAAGUAAUUUUUUUUCUCUCCAGUGCUCUAGAAUGAUGUUUUAAUUUUAAUUGUAAUACGUUUUCCUGUUUAAAGAAGUUAGUUUCUGAAAUUAGGAUUGUUAGGUGGUGAAUCGACAUCCUGAUUGAAGAUUCUGAACCAGGUCAGGAGUGAAUGAAACCACAAAUACCUAUAUUUAUUAAAGGGAAAAGCUGCUGACAAGCUCCUACCAUACAAUCAUCCCUCAGCAUGUCGAAGGCAUGUGUCAAAGCAUAUUUCAAAGUUUGCCACAGAGCAGACUGAAAAGGAUUCUGCAUAGCUUUAGGGGCAUAGGUCUGUUAGAAGAAACGUGAGACAGCUGCUCAACUGGAGUGUAAACUCCUGCUUAGAGCCCUGAUUAGGGCAGUUGCUGUGAUUCAGUUGCUGCUGAAACACAAGAUAAAGUGGCAAAACCCAAGAUAAAAUGGCAAAACACAGGGAGAAUAUUGUUGAGCUUCUGUCCCUGUCUCCUGUUGCCGUUAACGGGCAGGUAUAAUUUUGAGCAUCAAUAUUCUGCACUCCGUUGGAGAACAGCAUGACUGUAGGCAGCAUAGAGGCUCUUUAGGACUGAAGAUGGACUAUGGACAUUAUUGGGGGGGAUGAUCUCAUGUACCUAGACAGAAGCAGACUUAAAUCCUCUGUAUAACCUGUUACUUGUGACCAAGGCCAUCCACAGAGGUAUGUGGGCCAUGAUAAAUAAAAAUCUGUUACAAUGAAGGGCCCAUGUGCACCUUACUGUUGGAUAUACAGAGCUCAGGAUGUAGGUUGUGGUAGAUGAAAAUAUUUUCUGUGCUUUUUGUCAGAAGGGGAAGAUGCAAGUUUUCCCAUCUGUGUUGUGCAUAGCAGUCUCUGAUUGACAUUUUCUGCAGAUUUUUCUGGUUAGUUCUAUUAGACAUUUGGAAAAAAAAAUAAGUUAUAUGUACUUUUACUGUGCUUCAGUUUUCAAACAUGUCCUUGUAAAACACUAACGUCAGAUGCUUGAAUGUAUUUUUCUGAAUAGAACAGCAAGAUCAGAGUCAAGGAACCUUUUGUACUGUCUUCAUGAGUCAUAGUCAUAUAUACAGUUAAUAACUUGUGAAUAAUCUGAGCAUGAAUCACAUUCGUAGCAUAUAUUGAUGAACCGUUAUCUAUGUUUUUAUAUUUUCAAUGUUUCUUAAACAAGGCUUAAACAAGCAAGGCUUAAACAGUCAUACUCUUCAUCAGUUUUGAUCCUUAAUUUUGAACCUGUUGGCUGGUUUGGUCAAACUUAACAGGAAUGCUGAUAAAUUAUUGCAGAUUUCAUGAUAACAGGUGGAUGGGUAGAGCAGAAGGACUCUGAUGGAGGAUGAUGUUACAGUUAAACUUAUGCCUUACUAGGCAGAGAAUCUACAUGGGAAAAAAAGCUUUGCAUAAAUGCUUCAGUGGUAAAUAUCCUUCAGCCUUUGGUGCAUAUGCCUUCUGAGGCAGUAAAGCCACAAACACAUUGAGUCAGUAGAAAAUCGGUCUCACUUUGUUCUUAUUUCAGUGAGAUUACUUUUUAUUUGCUGAUUUGAUUUGCUGGUUCUGUGUGAUCUUUACCUGGUAUCCCACAACACUAGUAACCCUCAAAGCACCCUCAGGCUACUCAUAUGUGUAAUAUUAACAGUAUUCGUCUCUGCAGGCUUGAUCUUCAGAAUUAGUUUGCCUCAAUUUAGAUACUUAAAUUUGAAUUUACUACUUUACUUCAUUUGAAAGACUUUAUAAUAAGCAUUGAGUUAUUUGUGUGCUAGUUAACAUCCCCUCGGUAAAUGCAGAAGAUGGAUUAUUUUUGUCUUGUUUUUCAGUUCACACAAAAAUGUGAACCAGGUCCUGGAGAGACUAAAGAAUGACGCUAUGUUUUGAUAGUUUAGCUGUCUGAGAAUAAUCCAAUGUAAGUGUUGAAAAUAAUCUAGCUGAAUUGCUGAGGAUUUUCCUCUGAGAGAAGAUAAACUAGAAAAAUAGACCCAAUUAUGAUACAUGUUCCUACCAGUACCCAUGCUGGUUCAAGAACAGCAUUUUAAAAGGUGUUCUUGAAUAAAUUCUUGAAUACAUUAUUCCCAAGUCAUAGCUUGCAGGAUGAGUUUAGAAGUGCAGACUGUGUACAAUUCAUUCAGAUCCUUGCAGAGCUUGGAGGCUAGUGUUGAUCUGUGUAAUUUCAUUGAGAUUUAAUUGUCUUACUCUGUUUCUAUGGAUCUUCUUGUGGAAGUAAUCAUCAGAACCUAGUCAAAAGACUACAGCUCAGAUCUGAAAAGUGACACUGAUGAGCCUUGGGGUGACAUGCCAGUGUUGGGGUUGAAAUAAUAUCCCAGCUGAAGUGCAUCUGCACCAGUGCACACAGCAUGAGUAACAGACAGGAGGAGGAGGCCAUUGGCAGGAGGAAAGCUGUGACAUAGUCACUGUCAGGGAAACGUGCCCUUGUUCUUGUGGGAGACUUUAACCUGCCACACGUCUGCUGGAAACUCAGCACAGUGGACCAGAGGCAGUCGAGUGAGUUCACGGAGCAUGUGGAAGAUAACUUCCUGACACAGCUGAUACUCUGUCUUCUUACUCCUGUUACACCCAGUACUGAGUGCUAACUGCUGGUUUUGCUGCAUGUAGGACGCAUUAGCACACACUUCCUAGUGCUGAAAGAAGAUUCAUGAUUUGAGCUUGCCUUGAUGUCAUCUUGCUCCUCUGUUACCUAGAUCAUCUGAAGUGGUCUCACAUAAAGAAAGCUGGAUUAGGCUGAUUAAUAAAUACAUGGUCUGCAGAGGUAGUGAAGGUACAGAAGGAAAAAGAUGUUAGCUAUGGAUAUGACCGUGAGUGCUGCUUGGAGGAAAAAAAGGAGGAACAGUGACAUGAAACAAGGACUGCACCAGGAUGAGAGGACUGUCCAUGAGAAAACAGAAAUGAAAAAGAAAACCAACAGAAGUUGAAAAAGAAGUGUGAGGUGCCAAAAUUACCACUAGUUCAUAAGAAAUGCUGUACUUUGUCAGUGUGCCCCACCCCCACUGUGAUGUCAGUUUGCUGCUCUCUGGACUUUUUAAUAUUAUUUCAGGUUUUUGAGUUUUUCAGAAUUAAACCAAACAUUCCAGUGAAUUGAAGAUCUUCUUCGUGUCUUUCUUCAGAGUGAAUAUCAGUGGUGAAAGAAAAAACAUCUGUUAAGCCUGUUGUCAGACAUCAGAAAAAUGCUUUUCUUCACACAUAGAAUCACGAAUGUGUGAGGUGGAAGAAUUUUAACAGAAGAAUAAAGUGUGAUGUUUCAUAAAGGCUAUUAAUUCAGUUUUGAAGCAGGACGUGAGCAAGAUGAGUAUGGGGAAAAAGGCACGGUCAGAGGAAAUGCACCUGGGAGGUGAAGAUUGGAAUCAAAGUAGCAGCUUUGUCAGUAAACCCUCUCGAGGAUGGCUGCACUCGAAUGAGAAGAUCCUGGGACCUGGUGUGACGUACAUUGUGAAGUACUUGGGGUGUAUAGAAGUCUUACGCUCAAUGAGAUCUCUUGACUUCAAUACUAGAACACAGAUUGCAAGGGAAGCAAUCAGUCGUGUUUGUGAAGCCGUGCCUGGUGCCAAAGGAGCCUUCAAGAAACGAAAGCCACCAAGCAAAGUCCUUUCUAGCAUCUUGGGAAAGAGCAAUCUUCAGUUUGCAGGAACGAGCAUAAUGUUGAAUAUCUCCACCAGCAGCUUAAAUCUAAUGAAUCCUGAUACGAAACAGAUCAUAGCAAAUCACCACAUGCAAUCUAUUUCCUUUGCGUCUGGAGGUGACCCGGAUACAACUGACUAUAUUGCAUAUGUAGCUAAGGAUCCUGUUAAUCGGAGAGCUUGUCAUAUACUGGAAUGCUGUGAUGGUCUGGCCCAGGAUGUCAUCAGCACCAUAGGGCAAGCAUUCGAACUUCGAUUUAAGCAGUAUUUGCGAUGUCCCUCUAAGACACCUACUUUCCAGGAUAGGAUGCAGAGUUUUGAGGACCCGUGGACGGAGGAAGAAAACGAGGCAACAGAGCAUCCCUAUUACAACAACAUCCCAAAUAAAAUACCUCCCCCUGGCGGCUUCCUUGAUGCCAGGCUCAAAACAAGACUUCCCACUGCUGCAGACACAGCUCAGUCUGCAACAGGAGUGGGAAGAGAGCAAAUUUAUUAUCAGAGCCAUCACUCAGGAGACAAAGUCAGUGAAGAAUGGCAUCAUGGGCCUGUUACACAAGGAUCUCUGGAUAUCUCUAGUAUGCCAGAAAAGAAAUCAGAAGUAAUACCUACAGCAGAGAUGCCAACAUAUGUAAACACCCAGCAUAUAAAUGUAGAAGCUCUACUGGCACUUCAGGCAGAUGCUGAAUGUACCUUCAGUGGAACAACAGAGGAGACCAAAGCAAGCAGCCCAGGAAAAGAUCUGUUUGACAUGAGACCAUUUGAAGAUGCCCUCAGGAAUCAAACCUCUGAGGCCAUGCUGAAGAAAUCCACCUCCACGGGAUGCACCAGUCCUGUUUCAUCCAGGGCAGCUGCCCGGACUGAAGCUGAAGAGCUGAGUGCAGAGCCAUGGUAUCAAGGAGAGAUGAGCAGGAAAGAAGCAGAACAGCUGUUAAAGAAGUGUGGAGAUUUCCUCGUGAGGAAGAGUACCACAAAUCCUGGCUCCUACGUGCUGACAGGCAUGCACAAAGGACAAGCCAAGCACCUUCUUUUGGUGGACCCAGAAGGAACUGUUCGUACAAAAGAUCGUGUCUUUGACAGCAUAAGUCAUCUCAUCAACUAUCAUCUUGAGAAUAAUUUACCAAUAGUUUCUUCAGUGAGUGAACUCUGCCUGCAACAGCCUGCUGAAAGGAAACACUGACUCCAGAUCUCUUUUAGUUUUUGUAACUUGCAAGCUAUAACUGGUAGAAAUUGCAGAUCUUAAAAAAACCAAACAUGUACAUUAAAAAAAGUGUGUAGUCACGUAUACUUCACCAGUAUGUUUUCUAUAUGUUUAGGAAGCCCCAUUUCAUAUGGUACACUUGAAAAUUCUCAGUUCUUUGUGUAGACAUGAAAUCACAGCAGAAAGCUUUCUUAAAAGUAAUUUCAAUAAGAUUGUUCAGAUUCUCUAAUGUGACUGUUGAUAAUGUAUAUAUACAUACCAUAUAUAUAGAUACAGUAUAUAUUUAUAUUUUUUGAGUCAGUCUAUUGACAGUAUAGAACUAUCUUCUGUGCCAUGUGUUUUUACCAAAAGAAAAAUGACAAUUGUGAUUGUUCAGAUAAAAAGUAGAAUUCAGCAGUCUCAAUUUCUUGAGAAAUUUAAUAUUAGGAAUCUUAUUUCUGAUUUUACCUAAGAAGCACAACUAUGGGGAUUACAGGUGGAUUAUGCUAAUUAACUAUGGUAGGAGCCUGAAUUCAGCAUCUACUAUUCCAACUCAGAAAUUUAGCAUAAAAUAUUUUUGAAAGCAUUAUCCACUUAUGUCAUUGAUGUCAAAAGGAUUUUAUCUUUCUGAUGUCAAGUUUGAAUUCUUAUAUGGUGAUACUCGAAACAUUUGUAUCUUACUUUAACAAUGAUUUGGUGUGAUCUCUCUGUGUAUGAGGUGUGUGCUUUGAUUUUUCUGAUGAUAUUGUGACAAUAUAUUGUAAUUUAUUAAUUUCAGUGCUAAAAGGUUAUUUAUAAGUAGUUCUCUGCUUAUGGUGAAGAUCUAGGUGUCUUUGACUAACAGUCUUGAAUGAGAUGUUGCAUACUGAGUAGACAAGUUCAAAUAACUUGUGUGUAAUAGGCUUAAUCCAAGAUAUACAUGAUUGUUCAAAGACAUAUCUGGAAAACCUUUUCUUCUUAUGGAUGGUGAAAACUAUCCCAACUCAGUGGUCAGUUUUGCAAAUUUUGCCACUUGCACUUACCUACCAAAGCGUAACUUCAUCUUGGCCUUCAGCAAGUGAUAGGUAUUGCAAAUACACUGUUUUUCUCUAAACAUCAAGUUCAAAAAAUACACAUAUACGAAAGCGCAUUUCUGGCAGAAAUGGCCUCGACUUUUGAUACUGGGAAAUGCUUUAAGGGAUGAUUGUACUAUUCACAUUUAAGCACUAUAUGAAGUUAUUUUCCCAUUUUAGGAAUCUUAUUACGAGUCAAAUUCAAUAGACACAGUUCCUGUAAAGACAAAACUUGUACAGAGUCAAGAUUUAGCCUUCAGCAACCCGAGGUCUUCUCUAGCACCAGUCUCUCAAAUCAAAUCUUCAGACUUGAUUCAUAAAGACUCAGCAGGGUAGAGUCUAGGUUAAGCAUCUGCCUACCCUGCAGUAGUCAACACUUAAAUCUACUUAAAGUUAGAUUUGGUUCUAAGAAUUUGCUAAGUUUAAAAGUUUGUCAAGACAUAACAAAACUGACUGAAUGAUUUACUUAGAAUACAUUCAGGCAGGACCAUGAUGUUAAAAUUCUGAAAUAAUUUUCUUGUAUCAUCUCCUUUUAAGUGUGGUGAAUUUGCAGCUUGGGAAUUUUAUUUUGGUUAAUC